UAUCCAACAACAUAAACUACCUUCCCUCCCACAGUUCUCCUCCUCCUCCUCCGCUAGUCCCUUAAAUCUGAAGAUGACCUGCACCGCCCCUGACCACCACCAGAUGAUCUCCGCCCGGACCCUCGGCAACCUCGAGCAAAGCUGGUGCCGCGCGGUUGCGUGCGGCACCGGCACCACCGUGCUCGCCCUCCAAAUGGACAAACCCCACUCCAAACUCCCCCUCCUCCACCAAGUACUCAAAAAGCUCCUCCACUCCCACCCCCUCCUCCGCUCAAAGCUCCACUACAACCCCACCACAAGGGACUUCUCCUUCCUCACCCCCGCCGCCGCGCCCCCGCCCUCCGUCGAGCACCACGAUAUCCCGGCCACCGCGCACCUCCUCCGCCGGCUGUCGACCAAGCAGACCUCCGACCUCCCCCCCUGCCACCUCAUCAUGGAGCACGAGCUCAACGACAGCCUCUGGCGCAGCCCCAGCAGCUUCCCAUGCAGCGGCGCCGACGUCAUCCACGCCGCCUUGUACGCCCUCUCCGAGAGCCGGUCCAUCGUGGUGCUCCGCCUCCACGCCGCCGCGUGCGACAGGACGACCGCGGAGUCGGUGCUGCGCGAGCUGAUGGAGCUGGUCGGGGAGGCGGAGGGAGGCAGGAAGGUAGCCGGAAUCGAGAACGAGGGCGAGGGCGGGGCGGGGAUCGAGGCGCUGGUGCCACGUGGGACGGGGAAGAAGACAAUGUGGGCCCAUGGCGUGGACAUGUUGGGAUAUUCGUUGAGCUCCUUAAGGCUCACGAAUUUGAAGUUCAAGAAUACGAAAGCGGCCAGGUAUUCCGAGGUUGUACGGCUUAAAAUGGACACGCAUCAAACUGCUGCCAUUCUUGCUGGCUGCAAAUCUAGAAGAAUUAAACUGUGCGGGGCACUAGCGGCUGCUGGGCUAAUCGCCGCCCAUUCAAUGCGACUUGAAUCCGACAAGGUGAAGAAGAAAUACGGAGUCGUAACUCUCAUUGACACCCGCUCCCUUCUUGACCCAUCUCUUUCCAUUCAUCAUUUCGGAUACUACCAGCUACCAAUCCUGAACACACACACCAUAAACGGCGGCGAAGAAUUGUGGGACUUAGCCGUGAGGAGCUACUCGGAAUUCGCACGUGACAAGAAAUGCAACACGCAUUUCUCGGACAUGGCGGAUCUGAACUUCCUGAUGAGGAAGGCGAUGGAGAAUCCGAGCGUGACGGCGUCGGCGUCGCUCCGAACGUCGUUGAUAUCGGUGUUCGAGGAUCCGGUGAUCGACAACACGAGGGAGAUGAAGCGGGAGAUCGGCGUGGAGGACUACAUCGGCUGCUCCUCGGUGCACGGCGUGGGCCCCUCCGUCGCCAUCUUCGACACCAUCCGCAACGGCGAGCUGGACUGCGCCUGCGUGUAUCCGGCGCCGCUGCACUCCAGGGACCAGAUCAUGCAGCUCGUCGCUCACAUCAAGAAGAUUCUUCUUGAUGCCACUUUUUGAGAUUAAUUAAUUAAUUAUUCCUACAUAAAAAUAUAUAUAGUUGUUUUACUACUAUGUUCAAUUUUUGUUGAGGAUGUUUUGUAUUUGAAUCUGGGCAUACUUGUACCAGUCAUGCCUCUUCUAGAAAUAUCUAAGUGUCUUUUUAUUUUUCAUGAAAAAUUAUGAAGCAUUUAAAUCAGACUGUAUCAAGAAAUUUUUG